CGGUGACGAUGUCUACUACGGCAACAUAAAAGAAAUAUUGGAAAUCCAAUUUCCUAGAAUGGUUGGAUUGCGUUGUGUAGUAUUCUAUUGUGAUUGGUAUGACACCACCCCAGAUAGAGGAAUGAAGAUUGAUGCGUUUGGUGUUACAUCAGUUCAUUCGCGGCGGAAACUUCAAUAUUAUGAUCCCUUCAUUCUUGGUUCGCAAGCUGAUCAGGUGUGCUACAUCAGUUACCCUCGGGUGACGUACAGAGACGAUCCAUGGGUUACUGUAACGCAAAUCAACCCAAGAGGACGAGUGGAUGGAACUUCUGAUGAUGAUGAACCAUUGCAACCAGAGUCUACCAGCAACGCCCAGGCAGUUGAAGAUUUGGAAAAUGUUCAACUCGUUGAGAAUUUGACUGUGUUUGGACAUGAUGCUGUCGUACAUUCAGAGCCGGAAGCCGAGGUUGGGGAGUUUGAUGAAGAUUCAGAAGAUUCUGAUUAGUUUUUUUUU